UGUGAAAAGAGAAAGAUAGCAAAGAUCGAGUGUAGCAAACAUACGUUUCCGUGAAUGGAAAUGGAGCACAGAGUGAUUCCGUUUUCCACGAGAGGGUGGAGGAGGACUUAUGAUGUUUUCCUCAGUUUUAGAGGAGAGGAUACCCGUUUUGGUUUCACUGGUCAUCUCUACAACACUUUACGUCAUAGAGGGAUCAACACUUUCAUGGAUGAUGAGGCGCUUGAGAGAGGAGAACAAAUAUCAGAAGCCAUUUUCAAAGCAAUUGAAGAGUCUGGGAAAGCCAUCGUUGUGUUCUCGAAAAACUAUGCAUCCUCAACAUGGUGCCUUGAAGAACUUGUCAAAAUCCUCAGUUGUAUGAAAACUAAGGAACUUAAAGUUUAUCCACUAUUUUACAACGUGGAUCCAUCUGAGGUACGGUACCAGAGAGCAAGUUAUGGUCAGCAAUUGGCUAAGCAUGAAAUCAAAAUGAAGUAUAGCAAACAGAAGGUGCAAAACUGGAGGCUGGCUCUGCAUGAAGCUGCCAAUCUUGUAGGGUGGCAUUUUAAAGAUGGACAUGGAUAUGAAUAUGAAUUUAUCACACGGAUUGUUGACGUGGUGGGCAUAUCAAAACCCAAUCUUUUGCCUGUUGAUGAAUAUCUAGUUGGAAUUGAGUCACGUAUACCUAAAAUAAUAUUCCGUUUGCAAAUGACUGAUCCCACUGUCAUAAUGGUGGGGAUAUGUGGAGUUAGUGGAAUUGGUAAAACCACUCUUGCUCAAGCUUUGUUUAAUCACAUCAGCCCACAAUUUGAAGGUUCAUGCUUUCUCAGUGAUGUUAGAGGAAGUUCAGCCAAAUAUGGGUUAGCAUAUCUGCAAGAGGGAAUUCUUUCUGAUAUAGCUGGUGAGAAUAUCAAAGUGGAUAAUGAACACAAAGGAAUUCCAAUCCUGAUUAGGAAGUUGCACGGCAAAAGGGUUCUUUUGAUACUUGAUAAUGUGGACAAGCUGGAGCAAUUGGAGUAUUUAGCAGGAGAAUGCAAUUGGUUUGGUUUGGGCAGUAGAAUUAUCAUAACUAGCAGGUGUAAAGAUGUUCUAGCUGCUCAUGGAGUUGAAAAUAUAUAUGAUGUACCUACGUUAGAACAUUAUGAAGCUAUGCAACUUCUAAGUUCCAAGGUAACCACGGGACCUGUACCUGCUUAUUAUAAUGCCAUUUGGAAACGUGCAGUUCACUGUUCCCAUGGCCUUCCAUUGGUUUUGAAGGAUAUUGGUUCUGAUUUGUCAGAAAAAAUGAAUGUUAUUGGUUCUGAUUUAUCAUGGCCUUCAAUUGAUGAAUUGGGGAUUGCACUAGAAAGAUAUGAACGAGUUUGUGAUGGAGAAAUUCAGAGUAUACUUAAAGUGAGUUAUGAUAGUUUGAAUGAAUGUGAGAAGAAAAUUUUCCUUGACAUUGCAUGUUUCUUCAUUGGAGAGCCAGUAUCAUAUGUUGAGGAAAUACUAUCAGCUAUUGGUUUCAAUCCACAACAUAGUAUCAACAGACUUAUCGAUAGAUCUCUCCUAUCUAUCGAUUCCAGUGGAAGGUUGAUGAUGCAUGACCAUAUAAAAGACAUGGCCAUGAAAAUAGUGCAACAGGAAGCACCCCUGCAUCCAGAAAAACGAAGUAGAUUAUGGUGCCCUCAAGAUGUUCUUCAAGUUUUAAAUGAAAAUGAGGGAUCUGAUAAAAUUGAAGUUAUGAUGUUGGUUGACUUACCACGAGGAAAUGAUGUACUGAAGUUGAGUGACAAAGCCUUCAAAAAUAUGAAAAGCCUGAGAAUGUUAAUUAUUAAGGAUGCCAUAUAUUCUGGAAUCCCCCAACAUCUCUCAAAUAGCUUGAGAGUUCUGAUAUGGAGUGGAUAUCCUUCAGGAUGCUUACCACCUGAUUUUGUCAAAGUGCCUUCUGAUUGUCUCAUUUUGAACAAUUUCAAGAAUAUGGAGUGUUUGACUAAAAUGGAUUUCACUGAUUGUGAAUUUUUGUCAGAAGUACCUGACAUUUCUGGAAUCCCAGACUUAAGGAUAUUGUAUCUAGAUAAUUGUAUAAAUUUGAUUAAGAUUCACGAUUCUGUUGGAUUUCUUGGUAAUCUUGAAGAGCUAACUACGAUAGGAUGCACUAGUCUAAAAAUAAUUCCAUCAGCAUUCAAGUUGGCAUCUCUUAGAGAGCUCUCUUUCUCUGAGUGCUUGAGACUUGUGAGGUUUCCAGAAAUAUUGUGUGAGAUAGAAAAUUUGAAGUAUCUCAACUUGUGGCAAACUGCCAUAGAGGAAUUACCAUUCUCUAUUGGAAAUCUUAGAGGGCUUGAAUCUUUAAAUCUAAUGGAAUGUGCUAGGCUUGAUAAGCUACCCAGUAGCAUUUUUGCACUACCAAGACUUCAGGAAAUUCAAGCUGACUCGUGUAGAGGGUUUGACAUUUCUAUUGAAUGUGAAGAUCAUGGACAACCGAGAUUAUCUGCUUCUCCAAACAUUGUUCAUCUGUAUCUGAGCUCUUGCAACUUAACAACUGAACAUCUUGUUAUAUGUCUCAGUGGUUUUGCCAAUGUGGUAUAUUUGGACAUAUCUUACAAUAGUUUUACGGUCCUUCCAGCAUGCAUUAAAGAAUGUAUCAAUUUGAAGACUCUUCUGCUAAGCAAUUGCAACCAACUUCAAGAUAUUUUAGUCAUUCCCUCUAAAUUAGAAGACAUAGAUGCAUUAAACUGCACAUCAUUGACAUCUCAAUCAUCAAGUGUACUAUUGAGCCAGGCAUUUCAUGGAACUGGGCAGAAAACUGUAAUUCUUCCAGGUUUAAGGAUUCCAGAAUGGUUUGAUCAUUGCAGCAGUGAAAGAUCCAUAACCUUUUGGGGCCGUGAGAGAUUCCCAAGGAUUUGUGUGUGUGUUUCUUUUGGAAUGCUCGAAAAUUCACUGCACCACCAUUUUCAAGUUACAUUCUGUAUAGUCAUCAAUGGCCACAAAAGGAUAUUGUCCAACCGUUGUUACGAUUGGUCAGUUCAGACAGAUCAUGUGUGGCUUUUUGAUCUAACUGCCCUUGUUAGUUAUGAAGAUCUCAGAGGAACAUUGGUGAAGAGUGACUGGAAUCAUGUGGAGAUUGAAAUGGAAUGGAAUUGCUGUAUACAAGGUGACCAUGGGCCAACAAGAAUGGCUAUUGUGAAAUGGUAUGGAAUUCACGUAUACAGGCAGGAAAGUAAAAUGGAGGAUAUUUCUUUCACAAAUCCCAAAAAUCUACAAGAAAAUAUUACAAGUAAAAGGGUUGGUACUGAGGUUUUGGAUUCAUCAGAGAAAAGCCAAAAGAAGUUGAAAGCAAUUUCUCAGUGGGAUUGAUUCCAUUCCUGAUUGUAGAAAUCUGCUUUCAGAAUCAAUGGAUUUCUGUCUGAAAAGUGUUUGGUUUCAUGUUUCAACUUAUGAGUCUAACUCAAUCCUACAAAAUCAAUUUGUAAUGUAAGAAUUGCUCUCCAUUUAUAUAGUUUAUCUUGUUACAAUCUUUA